GGGGGAAAAAAAAAAACUAUAACGAUUGAAGAGUUAGGGCUGGGCUGAUUCAUCAGAAUGAGAGCGGUGUCUAUUCAUGCCUUGCAUGGUUUCGUAUAUUCAGGCGAAUGAGGAUGUAGAUGUGCCGAUCGGCCUUUCUACUUGACUCUUGAGACUUUUGCGUCACGUCGUAUUGCAAGCUGGAGUAGACACGUUGCCAUUCUUUCCCAUCUAAGAUAAAUAUCCUUUUUUGAAUAUAUAUAUUCCAGAACAAAGGGGGUUGUCUAAAAUUCGGGAAGACAUACUCAUUUUGUCGUCAAGAAUGACCACUGUGGUUGAGAAAACGCCGAGAGGCGUUAUUUACAGGGCGGCCAAAUCAUUCCCUGUUCCUGAUCUGGAUAUCUUGUCACUUCUGUUCGACUCGGAACACAGCGCAGCAACUCCAGAGUCCGUCAUCCACUCCGCAGCCGAUGACCCCUCUCUGCAGUUGAACGUCUCACGUGCCAGGACCCUCACGCAAGCGACGUCGGCCGCCCUCCGGCGCCACUUCAACAUUGGCGCCGGCGGUCCAGGGCGGGACAUAGUAUCGGUCGUCUCGCUGGGGCACUACCUCCUACCAGUGCUCUGCUACGGCAUCAUCGGCGCUGGAGGAGUUCUCUCGGCUGCCUCGGCGGCAUCGACGCCCCGUGAGCUGGCCAGGCAGCUCCUGAGCAGCGAGAGCAAGAUCCUCUGCUGCGUGGAGGCUGUGAAGGAUGUAGCAGUCAAGGCGGUAGAGGAGGCAGGCUGGGGCCGUGGAGGUGGGGGCAGGGUGUUGGUCAUGGGCGAGGGCAGAGAGUGGACGUUAAAGGUUGUUCAGGCUGAUGGUUCGCUGGGGCGGAACCUGAUCGACGAGAACGACUUGCUUCCCUGGCAGACAAUCACGGACCGAAAGACGCUGGCGGACAGUUUCGUCAUCAUGAUAUACAGCUCAGGGACUACGGGUCUCCCAAAGGGAGUCAAGUUCUCGCACCGGAACCUUGUGGCCCAGGCCUCCAUAGCAGGAGACUCGCUCAGGCAGUCGUGGGGCGGACCGAAGCCUGCAUGGGAGUAUCGCACCCUGGCCCACCUACCUAUGGCGCACAUCGCCGGCAUCCAGGGUUACCUCAUCAACCCCUUCUACGUUGGCGGGACGACCUACUGGAUGCCGCGGUUCGACUGGCACAAGUUCCUGCAGUACAACAAGCAGCACAAGAUCACCAUCUUCUUCACGCCGCCGCCCAUCUACCUAAUGAUCGCCAAGAGCCCGGACGUAACGGACCAGUUUGCGAGCCUCGAGAUGGCCGUCAGCGGCGCCGCACCUCUGGGAAAGGAGCUGCAGCGCGCGGCGAGCCGCAAGCUCGGGACGGGCAAGAACGUCUACAUCAGCCAGACGUGGGGCCUGAGCGAGACGUGCGGCAGUUCGACUCUGAUGCCGCCGGGGGUGGACGACGACGACACGGGCAGCGUCUCGGCGCUCAUGCCCAACAUGGAGGCGCGCAUCGUGGACGACAACGGCCGCGACGUGGAGCCGGGGCACGAAGGCGAGGUGCUGCUCCGCGGGCCCGUCGUCUGCAACGGCUACUACAAGAACGAGGCGGCCGACAGGGCGAGCUUCACCAACGCCGACGACGGCGGCGACCGCUGGUUCCACACGGGCGACGUCGCCCACGUCCGCGGCGGGCUGGUGUACAUCGUCGACAGGAAGAAGGAGCUCAUCAAGUACAAGGGUCUGCAGGUCGCGCCCGCCGAGCUCGAGGCCCUGCUUCUCACCCACCCGGCCGUGCUGGACGCGGCAGUCAUCGGCGUGCCCGCGGCCGAGUGGGACGAGACCAGCGAGGUUCCCAGGGCUUACAUAGUGGCGGACAGAAACAAGAUCGACGCAGACGCCAUCAAGGACUUUGUCAAACGCAACGCGGCCAAUCACAAGCAGCUCAGGGGCGGAGUGGUCUUUUUGGAUGCCAUCCCCAAGAGCCCGUCUGGGAAGAUACUAAAGAAAGAUCUGAAGGCGUUGGCUAGCAGGGGACAGAGUAAACUGUAA